AUGAAGAGGUUCUUGUGUUUCCUAUGUAAUAAUAACCAUGGGUUUUUCCCUCUCAUCUUCAUUCUUGUUUUUCUUCUCUUGCGUGUCGCCGGAGAGAGCUCCAUCAGCAACGGCGGCGCUGGUGGUGGUGGUGGUGGUGUUACAGAGAGAUCAUAUGGUAUGAUCAGUUGGGAUGACUUGCGUGUCGAUGUUUCGCGGCGGCAGGGGAUUAGCUCCGGCAAUGAGUUGGGGAAUGGGACUAGAAUAAUUGUGGUGGAUAAGAAUUGCUCCGGCAACUCCACGACGGUGCAAGGGGCGGUGGAUAUGGCUCCUCAUAAUAACAAACAGAGAGUUAAGAUUUAUAUUCUUCCUGGUAUUUACAGAGAGAAGGUAUACAUACCCAUCACUAAACCAUAUAUUUCCUUAAUCGGAAAUAAGAACCGAGUUACAGAUACUCUUAUUACAUGGAACGACAAAGCAUCCGACAAAGAUAUCAACGGAGUCGAGCUAGGGACGUAUAGAACAGCGACGGUUGCGAUCGACGCCGACUACUUUUGUGCAACGGGAAUCACAUUUGAGAAUACAGUUGUUGCAAAGCCUGGAGAUAAAGGAAGACAAGCUGUAGCUUUGAGAAUAACAGGAGACAAGGCAAUGUUUUAUAGAGUAAAAUUCGUAGGAGGACAAGAUACACUUUUGGAUGAUAUGGGCACACAUUACUUCUAUCAAUGUCACAUUCAAGGAAGUGUUGAUUUCAUUUUUGGUACAGCUAGAUCACUCUAUGAGCAAUGUGUCAUAACUUCCACAGCAGAGAGCUCUGGAGCAAUAGCAGCCCAUCAUCGGGCCUCGCCAGACGACGACACUGGGUUCUCCUUCGUCCGCUGUGUAAUUAAUGGAAGUGGCAAAGUACUCCUGGGAAGAGCAUGGGGGACCUAUUCAAGAAUAAUAUAUUCUUACUGUUACAUUGAAGAUGUAAUAGAUCCAUUAGGAUGGGGUGACUGGAAUGACCCAUCAAGACAAAGGACAGUCGUUUUUGGGCAAUAUAAUUGCAGGGGCAGUGGAGCUAACAACAGAAGGUUGGGUGCCAUGGGCAAAGACUUUCACUACGAGGAAGUGAGACCUUUCGUAGAUAGGAAAUACAUCAAGGGAGAACAAUGGCUUAACUUAUGAGUUAACACCAAGAAAUAUCAACUUGACACUUUCAAAACUUACACUUUGUUCUCCCCUUUCUCCAAUACAAUUACAUUAUAACCAAAAGAGUAACUAAAAAACUAGCGUGAGCAUUUCAUAAUUCUUUCAAAUGGUUGUCUACUCCCUUUUUUGUUUACUUUAUUGUAAAGUUUCUUAAAUAACAGAGGCAUGAUUGAAUUAUUGGAUUGAUUGUGGUCCAUUGCAGAGAAAUCCUUUAACAAUAACAAUUUGAAGGGGGGG